ACAGGCAACCUUCAGAAACCCCGCCUUCCCAUGCUCAGUCCUGCCCCCUGAGUAACAGUUGCAGCUUCCCAUUGGCUCCCAGAACCCAGACUCCUCCUCAGGCUCCUGGCUGAUUGGCCCACUGUCUGUGCCUCCCCAUGCGUGGGUCACUGUACAAGGAGACCCAACAAGAGAGGGUCGGGCAGGUAGGAAGAGGUGAGUGUCCACCUUUUGUGACUCCAGCCCUGCCUGAGGUUCCAAGAAGACCAACCCCGGAAACUUCUGGAAAGUAAAGGGCUGAAAGAAGAUGCCACCAAAGACCAAAGGAAGAGGGAGGAAAGCUGGAGUGCAGAAGAAGAAAAAGAACUCAGGAGCUGAUGUGGAAGCCGAGUCCAGACACAGGCUGGAGGCGCUAGAGAAGGAGCUACUUCAAGACCACUUGGCACUACAGAGGGAAGGGGCCCGUCGCGCCAAGGCUUCCGAAGAUGGGCUGAAACAGAGGUUGCGGGAAUUGGAAACUGAGCUGGAAGAGGCCCGCAGUGAGGGGAAGGCCAUAUAUGCAGAGAUGAGUCGCCGGUGCAGAGUCCUGCAGGAACAGACAGACAGACGCAGCAAGCAGCUGGAGGAGGAAGUCAGGGGUCUUCGGAAGCAGCUGGAGACAUGCCAGAAGGAGGCUGAGGCUGCCCAGGAAGAGGCUGCACGGGCCCUCAGCGAGCGAGACCACACCUUGGCUCGGCUUCAGGCCCACGUGGCUGACAUGGAGGCCAAAUACGAGGACAUCUUACAUGGCACCCUGGACCGGCUCGUGGCCAAGCUGAGAGCUGCCCAACCUCAGUGGGACACAACUGCUCUAAGACUCCAUGCCAGGCACAAGGAUCAGCUGCGCCAGCUUGGACUUAAUCCCCUGGAUCUCUGAAUCUGUCAGCCCCUGGCCUCUGGACCUCUCUGAGGCCCCAGAAAUCAGAACUCCACUGAGCUGUG